GUGCGUUAUAUAUGGUUAAAAUGCAUCGUUUGGUGGUAUUGUAGAAGUGUUUGUAUACUGGAAGUAUGGAAUCCACACGUGCAUCUACCGAUACUUUAACAUGUUAAAUUUUAAUUUUAUUGAUCCAGUGAGUGGUUGAUUCGUGACGAUUUUGAGAACUGUUCAGAUAUAACCUCUAGUAGGCUGUGUAUUGACAGAAAACAGCAACAAAGCGUUGUGUCUACAGCUAGAAUUACCAGGUUGAUGUAAACUCAAAAGACAUCGCAACAGUUGAUCCUGACGAUGGACUAUUGAUAAAGACACGCAAGUGAGCACGACAAUUAAGAGAUGGCAGAACCGACGGCAAGCAGGGAUACGAUGGCGGAGGUGAAGACGAGACCACUGGAGGGAUGGGAUCGCUACAUUCCAUGGAUCAUGAGGUCACUGAUUGUUCUUGUGGCUAGUGUUUCUAUACAGAAUCUAGAUACCUUACAGACAUGGCUAGAUAGUACUUGGAGCUAUCUGUUGUCGACAUGGGCUUUCAACUCUGUGUACUUUGAAUCCUGGCAUGCAACCUUGACCUACGCGGUAGCGAUACCUGUUUACCCAUUUGCCUUGCAUUACAUGUCGUUUAUAGAUAAGUACAAGGUGCACCCCUCUGUCACCUAUGUACACACGACAGUGAAGGAUAUAGUCGUUGAGGCCAUUGUAUAUCUAACUCCGUUAAUGCUAUUAGAUACGUUCACAAUUAAGAAGUACAUGGGAGUACACCCGUCCGUCAUGGCACAAAAGCGGUUGAGUGUCAUUCAGACGACGCGCCCGCUUCCGAUUGCCCCACCAACAGUUGGAGGAGUGUGUUUCCAACUGGUAACAAGUGUCUUGUUGUUCGAUUUUAUGUUCUUCUGUUUCCAUCUGCUAUUUCAUAAAAACGCAUGGCUCUACAAGACCGUACAUGCAUUGCACCACAAACAUGACGUCAUGCACGGCCGCGUGACAAACUUGUUGACCGUCCCAGAGAGGAUAACUCUGAUUUUAUCUGCGAACUACGCGUUAAGAUUCAUGGGAAGCCAUCCGUUCACGAGAAUGCUUUUUGUUCCAGUGUUUAUCUUCCUCCUAGUAGACAAUCAUACAGGAUAUGAUCUUCCUUUCGGAAUACAUCGGAUAGUUCCGUUUAAUUUGAUGGGAGGACCCGCCGCUCACAUGGCUCAUCAUUUUAAAGGGACAACACAUUACCAACCGUUCUUUACCUACAUGGAUACUCUUUUGGAUAAAUAUUACGCUUACUCAAGUGGCUUCAGCAAGAAAGUUGAUGCCAAUUAGCUCGUGACGACAGUGGUUUUUGUAUACAUUCAAACUGGUAAAUCUAUUUUUGAUGUUAAAUUGAUGUUUUGUGACAUAUCGUUCUAAAAGGAAAUAUUUAGAAAAAAAAAAUGAAAGAAAAGGGAGACUCUGAAUUAUGCUUCGAAGUGUGAUAAACGAAAUUGUGAUUCCAGGUCGUGAUGUUCUGUAUAUCAUUUGGUGACGUGGCUGUUACGAUUGCUUUAAACUAAUCUGAACAUCGUAUUUUAAUUGCACUUAUACAUACAUUUAUUCAAAGAAAGAAAAUCAUUGAUUAUUACCUGGAACAAGGACACUUUCGAAAACAAAAGAGUUCUUCCUUCUUUAUACGUGUGAUAUCUUUGAUAACGAUAAAAGGGACUGUGCGGCAACAUUAAGGUGAAACCGAGUGGUAAAUCAAAGAACAGAUAAUAGUCAAGCGAAGGUUUUAUGGAUCUAUCGAUCCCAAGAUUGCAUAGUGCUUAAUGGAUAUUCGGGUAAUUUUAUAUCAAGGUCGUAUUUUCAUAUACGUGCAUCAUUUAUCCAUGAUCUCAAUAAUGAGUUUGCCGAAGAUUCAUAGCAGUAUCAUUAGAGUCUACCUGAAUAUGGAAUUUAGCUAAUAUCGGGGUUAGCAUAACUACACACUACCAUUGAGACGUAUAUAUCCAAUCAAUUCUAGUACUUCUCGCAAACUCAGGAAUUAUUCUUUUGUCAUCAGGUACAUAAUUUAUCGAUAUUUAUCUUAUUGUUAACUUAUGGAGUGUAUCGCACAUUGUACCAUAUUUUGUGUUAGAUAGCAAUAUACACUUCACCGUCAUACCCACCAAUAUUGACGUUUCAGAGACAUUUGAUAAUGAUGACAUUCAUAUAAUAACAAUAGAGACAAAGCCUUUUGUCAUAUUUCAUAGGAAUCUGAGUCACCGUUUGGUAGAUAGCAUUAAUCCGCCCACAUAACCGACGCCUGUUGUAUUCGACUGUGAUAGUGUGGACAAAAAUCAAUAACUGAAGGGUAGGAUACCCGUUUUAGAAAGUUAUGUAAUUUUACAAUAGAAUACUAGUACUAAAGGAUUUAGUUCUCUAAACAAAAUUCGCCCAUUGUAUGUUCACACAGAACAAUCUUGUGUCUACCAGUCGUGUUUGUAGCCUUGGUUGAUCUCACUUUAGACAUUUAACAUAUUUACCGCCAUACAGCAACAUUAUUAGAAUGCAAUACCAAUAAUUUUAUAUAUUGUUUUGAAUACGGUAUAGCAGUGUGUUAGACAGAGAGUUGGUCCGGAAUAUAUUUAUUUCAUGCAAUCUUAAUUAUUAUGUUCAUCGAAAUCCAAACAUUUAUUGUCCCGAAACGUUGAACAAAUUAUCAUUUAAAUACACAUUUUGUGGUGUUUACAUUACGUUGUCAGAAUCUUUCUUGUCGCCUUCCUGUUGUCUCUGGUGAAGAUGUGAAAAUGUCAAGCUCAAAUAAGUUCUGUUUUUUAAUUCUUUUUUUAAUUAGUAUUCUAUUCUAAAUUUCUGACCAGUAACGCUUAAGUAAGUACACUACAUUUCUGACCAAUAACGUUUUAGUUAGUAUACUACAUUUCUGACCAGUAACGCGUUAGUUACUACUCUACAUUUCCGACCAGUAACGUUUUAGUUAGUAUACUACAUUUCUGACCAGUAACGCGUAAGUUACUACUCUACAUUUUCGACCAGUAACGUUUUAAUUAGUACUCUACAUUUCUGACCAGUAACGUUUUAGUUAGUAUACUACAUUUCUGACCAGUAACGCGUAAGUUAAUACUCUACAUUUCUGACCAGUAACGCGUUAGUUAGUACAAUACAUUUCCGACCUGUAACGCGUUAGUGGGUAUUCUACAUUUCUGACCAGUAACGCUUUAGUUAGUACUCUACAUUUCUGACCAGUAACGCGUUAGUUAGUACAAUACAUUUCCGACCUGUUACGCGUUAGUGGGUAUUCUACAUUUCUGACCAGUAACGCUUUAGUUAGUACACUACAUUUCUGACCAGUAACGCUUUAGUUAGUACUCUACAUUUCUGACCAGUAACACGUUAGUUAGUACUCUACAUUUCCGACCAGUAACGUUUUAGUUAGUAUACUACAUUUCUGACCAGUAACGCGUAAGUUACUACUCUACAUUUUCGACCAGUAACGUUUUAAUUAGUACUCUACAUUUCUGACCAGUAACGUUUUAGUUAGUAUACUACAUUUCUGACCAGUAACGCGUAAGUUAAUACUCUACAUUUCUGACCAGUAACGCGUUAGUUAGUACAAUACAUUUCCGACCUGUAACGCGUUAGUGGGUAUUCUACAUUUCUGACCAGUAACGCUUUAGUUAGUACUCUACAUUUCUGACCAGUAACGCGUUAGUUAGUACAAUACAUUUCCGACCUGUUACGCGUUAGUGGGUAUUCUACAUUUCUGACCAGUAACGCUUUAGUUAGUACACUACAUUUCUGACCAGUAACGCUUUAGUUAGUACUCUACAUUUCUGACCAGUAACACGUUAGUUAGUACUCUACAUUUCUGACCAGUAACGCUUUAGUUAGUACCCUACAUUUCUGACCAGUAACACGUUAGUUAGUACUCUACAUUUCUGGCCAGUAACGCUUUAGUUAGUACACUACAUUUCUGACCAGUAACGCUUUAGUUAGUACCCUACAUUUCUGACCAGUAACGCUUUAGUUAGUACUCUACAUUUCUGACCAGUAACACGUUAGUUAGUACUCUACAUUUCUGGCCAGUAACGCUUUAGUUAGUACACUACAUUUCUGACCAGUAACGCUUUAGUUAGUACUCUACAUUUCUGGCCAGUAACACGUUAGUUAGUACUCUACAUUUCUGGCCAGUAACGCUUUAGUUAGUACACUACAUUUCUGACCAGUAACGCUUUAGUUAGUACCCUACAUUUCUGACCAUUGACGUUUUAGUUAGUACUCUACAUUUCUGACCAGUAACGCUUUAGUUAGUACAAUACAUUUCCGACCUGUAACGCGUUAGUGGGUAUUCUACAUUUCUGACCAGUAACGCUUUAGUUAGUACUCUACAUUUCUGACCAGUAACGUUUUAGUUAGUAUACUACAUUUCUGACCAUUAACGUUUUAGUUAGUAUACUACAUUUCUGACCAGUAACAUUUUAGUUAGUAUACUACAUUUCUGACCAGUAACGCUUUAGUUAGUACUCUACAUUUCUGACCAUUAACGCGUUAGUUAGUACAAUACAUUUCCGACCUGUAACGCGUUAGUGGGUAUUCUACAUUUCUGACCAGUAACGCUUUAGUUAGUACUCUAUAUUUCUGACCAGUAACGCGUUAGUUAGUGCAGUACAUUUCCGACCUGUAACGCGUUAGUGGGUAUUCUGCAUUUCUGACCAGUAACGUUCUACAACCAGUAAGAUGUAAAUACUUUUUGUCAUGCUUCCAGAGAUAAUUUCCAUUGCCGUCUUGUGAUGAUUAUAGUGUUAUGAUGUUAAUCAGAUUUUCAUCUAGUUCCAUAUAUACAGGGUCGUCAACUUGCAGGUUUUCAUCUAGUUCCAUAUAAACAGGGUCGUCAAUUUGCAUAUUUCGAUGUAAUUCCAUAUAUACAGGGUUGCCAACUUGCAGAUUUUAAUUUAGUUCCAUAUAUACAGAGUCGUCAACUUGCAGGUUUUAAUCUAGUUCCAUAUAUACAGGGUCGUCAUCUUGCAUGUUUUGAUGUACUUCCAUACAUACAGGGUCGUCAUCUUGCAUGUUUUGAUGUAAUUCCAUAUAUACAGGGUCGUCAACUUGCAGGUUUUCAUCUAGUUCCAUAUAUACAGGGUCGUCAACUUGCAGGUUUUCAUCUAGAUCCAUAUAUACUGACUUGAAAUUAAGACAGUUGGCGGGACUGUAAAUAUGUAACAUGUAAACACUUGUAAUACCAUAUUGUUAUAUCAAUUCAUGCGUUGUUUAAAGUUACCAUUAUUAUCGUAUUUCCACCAUGCAUUUUCCCCUCAUCUUCUUCAAAAUAUAGGGUAAAAAAUAAGGGCUCCUCAAGCCCUUUCGUUUUAAAAGUACAAGUUCGUGCGAUUAGAAUAUAUUCCAGAGCAAAUCGGGAGAGGUUCUUAAUAAGCGGAGGCUAAAUGUUAAAGAAAACUCAAGCAUAUGAGAUAUGUACACAGCGAUUUAUAUCACAAUGUAUACUGUACAAUCAUUAUGAUUAUAUUGUAUAUAUAUACAAAUCUGUUCGUUCUCGUUUUAUAUUUCUAACAUUUUUUAUCAAUCCAGAUCCGUUUGUGUUUAGCUUAGGUUUAAUUAUUAAAAUUUUCACAACGUA